AUGAUAAGACCAUUAAAAGGGCUGACUACUCAGCGAGCAGCACCAGCAUACCUCAGGGUGUGUAUGCUGCACACGGAACGCGAAACGCAGCUCAAAAUCACCACCUCAGAGCUUAACUACUGCAUUCUUAAUCAAAAAACAUACUCAACCUCACAGCUGGACAGGAAAAUAAAGGAAUACUGGAAAGUUUCGAAAGCCAACAGCACCACUAAUUUCGAGACUCCUUCAGUACAACCACGCAUCUUUUUAACCGGAACAGAUCUUUUCAAAUAUGACAAUAAACAAAAUAAGGUUUCUGCGGUUUAUCGUUGUUUCGUUCGAUGGGAAAUAAUACGAGCUCAACCUCCACUUCGGGGAAAACUCUUUGCCAACAACUUGAUACACAGUUCUCCUUUGUCACCUUCAGACCUGAAAAAUACGGACAUCGACAUUUUGCCAUUUCUUAUACACAAUUGCAUCACCUACGAAGAUAUACCGAACGCCAUUGACCUAUUCAUAUGGUACAAUACGAAAACACCAGGAAAAGAACUUCACAGAACAUUAAUUAACGCAAUGAUACAAUGUAUCGCUGAAAGUUCCCAAAUCGAACCGCACUACCACUUACUUAAAUUCACUCAACUAAUGAACUUCCUCAAUGAAAAAUCUAUUGAACAUACAUUAUCGGAACACCAGGCUCUCCAGAUAUCAAACAAGGCCAUGUCUCUAGAUAACAACCCACUAUUAACGAAAAAGGUCCUAAGUUACGUACUUGACGUCGCAUACAACAAGAGUAACACAGUGAGAACCGCGCAAGUAGAAGCAUUAUACUCAUUGAUUUCAUCAGACUAUAAAUCAAACAAUGCUGCCGGGGUUUUACUGCACUGGACAGCAGUACGCGACCACUACACUACAAUUUCAAAGCAUGACACAAGGAUACUUUACAAAAUAAUAAAACUCUUUACAAAACAGAAAGCAUAUCGCCAAAGGUGCGCAGAAUUGAUAUCAUCCAUAGAGCCACAAUUGUACGUUAACAAUGCGUUGCUUUUACCCUCCAUAAUAAACUUUGCAUCGGCAACAAAAAGCUACUCCCUUGCAACAAAAAUUAUGAGUAACAUAACAACUUACUCAAACUUCAAUACCCAAAAACAAAUCUUGAAGUCGCGGUUCUUUUUAUCAACGUUACUCCGACUACACCUGACAUUCGAAGACUCAAUUGGAGUUGAAAGAAUCCUUACCGAAAUACGAAAAGAGCACAAUAGCCUAACUUCAGCAGACUAUCAAGUAAUAGUUUCACAUUUACUAAAAUCGAGAAAACCUCAGGAUUUACUUAAAGCAUUAACACUAUCAAACAAAAUUGAGGGCUUAAAAGGGAUUCCUUCUAUAACCACAAUAAUAAACCAUUUGACGCUACUUAAAACACAUGAAGUGGAAAAACUCAAUCUAAACGUUGGAGCGACUAUACACAAUCUUCUUUUGAAGGCCCACAACAAUGAUCCUGCUCACAAAACGAAACUUUGGGAUAUUUUGGCGUCUAUUUUUGUUAGAUCCCUGACAACGUACAAACACAACACUACACCUUGGUGGACCAAUGAAAUUUAUGAUAAAACCACAAAAGUUGACUUCUUGAAAUUAUGUUAUGAAACCUCAAAAAAUAAAACUCCUAUGGACAUAACAGUCAACCCUUUCGUUUCUCCAAAUCCAAAAGAUACUGUUAUAAAACUCAGUGCCACGAACAUAAUUGUUAUACUGAGAACAAUAGCAAGGGAAGCUAACCACCACAGAAGGAGUGACGUUUUUCUAUGGUGCAUGAAUGAAAUGACGAAAAAUGGAAUGAGUGAAGAAGAAAUUGAGCUUGACUGGAACAACAUGGAAAAACACCAAAUAAGGAGAUUCAAAAAUAAAACUAAAAACGGCAUUACUAAAAAUCUACAAAAACACGGUCUUAAGAGCUUCAAAACAUUGCUACGUAAAAAAUAG